AUGGGUAUCCCAGCGGCUUUUCGAUGGCUUUCCUCCAGGUAUCCCAAGAUUAUAUCGCCGGUGAUCGAGGACCAGCCUAUCAGCAUGGAAGAUGGUUCGACGAUUCCUGUUGAUACCACUCGUCCCAACCCGAAUGGCGAAGAGUUCGACAAUCUCUAUCUCGACAUGAAUGGCAUCGUUCAUCCCUGCUCUCAUCCUGAAGAUCGACCAGCACCUAAGGACGAGGAAGAGAUGAUGAUGGAGGUGUUCAGAUAUACCGACCGUGUCGUAAACAUGGUGCGACCGAGAAAGAUCCUUAUGAUUGCAGUUGAUGGUGUUGCGCCUAGGGCGAAAAUGAAUCAACAACGGUCGAGACGAUUUCGUUCUGCACAGGAAGCACAAGAGAAAGAACAAGAUAAGCAGGAGCUUAUAAAAUUGUUAAAGCAGCAAAAUGGCGGGAACUUGACGACCGAAAGCUUGGAAACCGUGACGAAGAAGGCUUUCGAUUCAAACUCGAUCACUCCCGGUACUCCUUUCAUGGACAUUCUCGCACUCAGUUUAAGGUACUGGUGUCAGUAUAAGCUGAACACAGAUCCGGGCUGGGCAAAGUUGAAAAUCAUCAUCUCGGACGCUACCGUUCCUGGCGAGGGCGAGCAUAAAAUCAUGAACUUUGUCCGUUCUCAAAGAGCAUCCCCUGAACAUGAUCCGAACACUCGUCAUGUCAUUUAUGGCCUGGAUGCGGAUCUUAUUAUGCUUGGACUUGCAACUCAUGAGCCGCACUUUAGAGUCCUGCGCGAAGACGUGUUUUUCCAGGACCAGAAGGCUCGUCUUUGCAAGCUCUGUGGCCAGAAGGGACACGAUGCUCAGAAUUGCCGCGGCGAGGAGAAGAAGAAGGACGGUGAACAUGACGAGAAGGACAAGGGUGUUGCUCUCAAACCUUUCAUCUGGUUACACGUCGCUGUUUUGCGCGAGUACCUAGAGGUUGAGCUAGGAGUGCCAAAUUUACCCUUUCGAUUCGACUUGGAACGCGCUGUGGAUGACUGGAUCUUCAUGUGUUGUUUCGUAGGAAACGAUUUUCUUCCCCAUCUUCCAGCUCUCGAGAUUCGUGAGCAUGGAAUCGACACCCUUACUAAGAUUUGGAAAGACAAUCUGCCAGUCAUGGGAGGCUAUGUAACCAAGGAUGGCCAUAUUGAUCUCGAAAGGGCUCAGGUCAUCCUGGAUGGAUUGGCGCAACAGGAGGACGGUAUCUUCAAACGACGAAAGGAGCAGGAGGAUCGCCGCGAGGCCAACUUCAAGCGAAGAAAGCUUCAAAAUGAAGGUCACGGUCGAGGAGGACGUCAGGGUGGACCAAACCACCCGAAAAAGAUUAACGGCUUCGAGAAUCCUGCGAACGGGUUACCUUUACAAGCGAUAGGAUCAUACCCUGGCCGGCACGAGCAGACACUAACUCACGAUAUGAUCGUGAAUCGUAGUACUAUACCUGAUGCAAACGUUGCCAAUAAGAGCGCUGCAAGUGUGCUCAAAGCACAACUGCAGUCGCAGAAGUCCCUUUCUAGCACGAAAUCAGAGAACCCGGAGCAGGGCUCACCUACAGCUCUUGGCAAACGGAAAGCGUCGACUAUUGAAGAAGAAAAUGCUUCAGCCCUUGAUACUGCCAGCGCGCCUCCACCGACGAUCUCGGCUGAAGAAGGUCCUGUUGAUGAUGUGCGCCUUUGGGAAGAUGGUUACGCCGAUCGUUAUUACGAAAAGAAGUUCCAUAAAGACCCUACAGACAUCGAGUUUCGUCAUGGAGUUGCUCGAGCUUAUGUCGAGGGACUUGCCUGGGUCUUGCUGUACUACUUUCAGGGGUGCCCGUCUUGGGAAUGGUACUACCCAUAUCACUACGCACCCUUCGCAGCCGAUUUCAAAGACAUUGCCAAGAUGAACAUCUCCUUCGAGCAAGGACGUGUUUCCAAACCUUUCGAGCAGCUGAUGAGUGUCUUACCAGCUGCAUCGAGACACGCACUGCCAGAAGUCUUUCAUGAUCUCAUGCUCAACCCUGAGAGCGAUAUCAUAGACUUUUAUCCCGAGGACUUCGAGAUCGACCUCAACGGGAAGAAGAUGGCAUGGCAAGGAGUUGCGUUGCUUCCAUUCAUCGAGAUGCCGCGACUCCUGGCAGCAGUUCAAGCUAAGUACCCGGAACUCAGUGCAGCAGAUUCUGCACGUAAUGAGAUGGGCAGAGAUGUCCUCAUCUUUUCGGAAAACCACGAGAGUCUGUAUGAUGAGAUCUUGACCAAGUUCUACUCCAAGAAACAGGGAGAUUCCAAGUUCAAGCUGAACCCGAAGAAGAGUGAUGGGUUGUCGGGUAAAGUAGAGAAGAAAGAGGGUUAUGUUCCCCACAGCGAACUGAAGUACCCUCUGGAGCGGAACAGUAUGCCCGAUCUAGACUAUGAUCGAUCAGUCAGGACAUGCGGAGCAGAGCGAAUCGUGGAGGCAGGAAUGGCGGCUACGGUCGUGGUAGUCACAACGGACCAGGCAUGUCUCGUGGCCAUCAACAUAGCCGCCAUCAGGGGGGAUACGGUAGACCCAACGGUCAUUAUCCACCCCCGUCAGCAUCUCAAGUCCCUCCACCACCAGGAGCACCUGGUUUCGGGAUUGGAGUGCCACCACCGCCACCACCAGCCGGCUAUUACAACCAGCCAUAUGACAAUCGCCAAGGUGGCUCAUCGGGUUACAACCAAUAUAGAGGCCCUCCACACCCCUCUAAUGCUGCACCUGGCUACCAUGGCCCCGGUGACCCUUCGUAUGGUAGAGGCCGGGGCUCAGGAGGCUAUAGUUCGCGUGGCCAGUACCGAGACGGGCGCUCUUAUAGCUUGA